AUGUCUCUUGAACAGGCAAAAAACGCCCUUGUGGCGUCGUUCUUUGAACUUUCAAACGCUGCUAAAGAUGCUGCUACCGCCACUGUCAACUUCUAUAAAGCCGCUGGUGUUGAUUCCACCGAUACCGCUUCCUCGUUGGCGGCCUUGAGUGCUUCCAUUACCGGCGCUACUCAGGCUGCUUUGGCUGACCUUCCUACUGAAAUCAAGGCCAAUGGCAUUGCUGACCCAAAGAAGAAACUGAGAAAGAGACCUGCUCCUAAGGAUGAGCCUGAACAGGUUAAGGAGCCUGUUGUGUCUGAUUCCAGCGAAUCCGCUGCCGAGUCGUCUACUGCUCCAACCACAACCACCGAGGCAGAACCUGAAAAGCCUGCUGAAAAGGCUGAAAAACCAGAGAAGCCAAAGAAGAGAAAGAUCGAAAGAGACCCCAAUGCGCCAAAGAAGCCAUUGACCACUUACUUGCGCUUCAACCUUAGUAUCAGAGACCAGAUGAAGAGAGAGCGCAUUGAGAAUGGCCUUCCUACCUACCCAGCCACCGAACUCAACCAGAUCAUUGCUGAACGUUGGGCUAACUUGAGCGCUAAAGAUAAGGAGGCUUUGCAAAAGGCUUACGAGAGCGAGUUCGAGGACUACAAGAAGGCAUUGGAGACUUACAAUGCUACCAAGACUGCCGAAGGUGGCCAGCCAAUUCCAAUUCCUGGUGCUUCUAAGAAGACUGGCGCUAAGCCAGGCCCAAAGCCAGGCUCCAAGAAGAAGGAGGAGGUGAAGGACGACAAGAAGGUCGAGGAGAAAAAGGAAGAGAAGCCUAAACCAGCUCCAGCCGCCAAGGAGGAGAAGAAGGCUCAGGUUCCAGCUACUCCAAAGGAAAAGAAGAAGAAGGCCAAGUCUGCUUCCCAGACUGAAAACCCAACUGUCGCCAGUGCCAUUGCUGCUGCUGCUGCUGAGGUUGCCGAAGAGACCGCCAAGGCUGACCAGACCGAUAAGUCUUCUAACCCACCUUCGUCUCAGGCCAACAGCCAGCAGAAAAAGAAGAAGAAGAGUAAGGAGGGCACCGAGAAGCAAAAGAAGAAGAAGUCCAGCGAGGGAUCUCAGAACCACUAA